CAUUCAUAUGCGCAUAACCUGUGCAUAUAGAACAAAAAAUAUAGUAUCUAAUAAACUAUUUGUUAAUUAUUAAUUAGUAUUAUUUAAAUAAUGUCUGCAAAGUUUAAUUUUCUAAUAAAUACUGCCCGGACUUACACAAGAUGGGUAUCUCGAAGGCCAUCAAGAAUGUUAGAACCAAAAGACUUGAAAGAAUUUGAAAAAAUAGGAAAAGUUGAACUAGAGGAGUAUAAUAAAUUAAUGAACCCACAACCAGUUAAAACCAAAGAACUAGUAAAGGAACAAAUUACACAUGAAAAAGAUGCUGAAACAGUAACUGAGCUAUCAUUAGAAGAUAUUAAUAAAAAUGAAGCAAAAUCGAGUACAUCUACGAAAAACUUACAGAAGCCUAAAAUUAAAAAAGUUCAUUCACAACCUGUUAAAUCCGAAGGCAAACCAAAUCAUAUAAUAAUCGACGAGGCUACAAACUUUGAAUACGAAAAGCUCAAAAUGGGUGAUGCGAAAUUCAGCAGCCUUAUGGUUUCAAUAAAAUCGCGAAAAUACCGCCAACAAUCCAAUCAAAUUUUAUUAGAAGGUCGUAGACUCAUAGAAGAUGCUUUAGAAGCUGAUUUAAAAUUGCAAAAACUAAUGUUCAGUAAAGUGGAGUAUUUAAAGAUUUUGCAAAACCAUUUAAAAAAUUAUGAAAGAGAUCCUAAAUGCAUGUUUUAUAAAGUCCCACAUGGAGAUAUGGCAUUUUGGUCAAACUUAACAACGAAUCCUGGAAUUAUGGGAUUGUUCACACGACCUCCUCAAUAUUAUAUUCCACAGAAAGUAGAUGUGACCAUCGUACCGCUCACUGUUAUUUGUGACAACAUCAGGGAACCGACAAAUAUGGGAUCGAUUAUUAGAACUUGUGCAGCAAUUCCAUGCCACCAAUUGUUACUAACGAAAGGUUGUGUGGAUCCUUGGGACACCAAAGUGUUGAGAGCAGGCUCAGGAGGUCAUUUUCGCUUAACUAUGCUUGAUGAUAUUGUGUGGAAUAAAAUAAACGAACAUUUACCGGACAACUGCCAAGUUUUUAUAGCUGAUUCCAAUACUUUCCAAAGCAAAAUUAAAUUGCCACUUGAGUCAUAUGAAAAUGUAAAUUAUAAAAACAAUGAUAAACAUACUAUUCUAAUUAUUGGUGGAGAAACAGAAGGAAUAAGUUAUGAUGCAUAUCAGUUUGCUAAUUUCUUCAAUGGGCAACGUGUCCAUAUUCCAUUAGCCAAAGGUGUGGAUAGUUUAAAUGCUGCAUCCGCUUUAUCAGUCUUAACAUUUGAGAUACGGAGACAACUUUUGCAUGAGAAAUGA